AUGUAUCCUCAUAAUGUAAUUGGACGCAUGCAGCUGGCUGCAAUUUCUAUCCAUCUAAUCUUCCUCAUCUUGCACGUUGAGGCUAUCCAGCAAUCAGGAUGCGCCAACUUCUUCCAGCUCGCCCCGCUUCCACUGUGCGAUGGCACACCUCAAAUUCCAGGAAUUGGCUCGGGCGGAGUCAGCUCAGGUUCGUCUGGAGAGGGAAAACCGAAACCUCCUGCCCUUGGUCAACCCCUUCCACCAACCGUCAAGGCUCCGGCAACAACCGUGAAAGACGGAAAAGCUCCAUUUCUUCGAUUACGAUACAGGAGGGAUGCUAAUUUUUUCGCAGUCAAAAAGGGCGACGACUUGAUCUUCAAGACUACUGAACCCAGUCAAGCAGUAGCCGGAGGGGAUGGUGUAUGUGGAAACUACGAUACGAAUACCGUGUUGGGAGUAUGUCUGUGGUCAGGAAUCGAUGAAACUGGAAAAGAUCCUAACAAAAGUGGCUGGAUUAGCGGUUCGGCAACUACGAAUUGUAAUCGUGAAGUUGAAAUCUGGAAAUCAGCCACUCCCGACAAAAAGAUCACUGCCAAAGUGAUUGAUGGAUGUGGUCUUGAAGCCAAAUCAUUCAAAGUUGGAUGUGAAAACCUUUUCCUAACCAAAAAACUUCUCUCAGCCUUAGACCCUAAAGCUGAGGGUGAAAUCUCAGAUUUGAAGUGGAACUUUAAAAAAUUGAAGACAAUCUUUUGA